GAUGGCUUCUGCUACUGCAGAGGUGACUCAUUCCAUCCUGUCUUUCUGAUAACUUUUCCAUUUGGAGAUCUGCAUGUUUCUCUAAGCUUUUCUAUCUAGAUACUUAAUUAAGCCUGGGCCUUUUUUACAAUCUAGCUCUUUGGUUUUUUGCCCUCAACCUUCAACUCAACAACAUGAGCGUGGAUCCAGCUCUUCCCCAAAGCCUGCCUUGCCCUGAAGCAUCCAAUUCUGGGGAAUUGUCACCAAUGCCCGAGAUUUAUGAGCCUGAAGAAAAUUACGCAUCUUUGCAACUGUCGUCUGCUGAGACACCCCACAUGGAGACUGUCUCUCCUCUUCCUUCCUCCAUGGAUCUGCUUAUUCAGGACAGCCCUGAUUCUUCCACCAGUCCCAGAGUGAAACUACUGCCCACUUCUGUAGAGAAGAGCACAGUGAAGAAGGAAGAGAAGGUCCAGGCCAAGAAACAGAAGAUCAGAACUGUCUUCUCACAGACUCAGCUCUGUGUCCUCAAUGACAGAUUUCAGAGACAGAAAUACCUCAGCUUCCAGCAGAUGCAAGAACUUUCCAACCUUCUGAACCUUAGCUACAAACAGGUUAAGACCUGGUUCCAGAACCAGAGAAUGAAAUGUAAGAGGUGGCAGAAAAACAACUGGCCAAAGACUUGCAACAGUGUUACUCAGAAGGGCUCAGCAACUACAGAGUACCCGGGCCUCUAUUCCUAUCACCAGGGAAGCCUGGUGAACACUGCUGGAAACCUUCCGAUGUGGAGCAACCAGACCUGGAAUAACCCAACCUGGAGCAGCCAGACCUGGAACAGCCAGUCUUGGAGCAACCAUUCCUGGAGCAGUCAGACCUGGUGCUCCCAAGCCUGGAACAACCAGGCUUGGAACAACCAGGCAUGGAACAGUCAGUUCCACAGCUGCGGAGAAGAAUUCCUGCAGCCUCAGAUCCAGUUCCAGCAAAAUUCUCUUGUCAGUGGUUUGGAGGCCACCUUGGAAACUGCUGGGGAAAGCCAUACUGUAACACAGCAAACCGCUAAGUAUUUUAGUACCCAGCAAAUCAUGGAUUUAUUCCCAAAUUACUCCAUGAACAUACAGCCUGAAGAUGUGUGAAAAUGGGUAUAUUCUUUGAUCUCAAUUUGGGCAGUGGCUGUAUUACUUCUAGGAUUUUUCUUUUAGCGUACUGUAUCUGUCUUGAUAUUCUGCUUCUCAUUAGGCCUAUUGUGUCAAUUUGGGGAGUGGUGGGGAGUAUGAUGGAUUUCAGAGGUUUCGGUAUCCUUGGCUGCUGUGGACAACAUGAGAAAAGAUGUCUCUAGCUAUAGAAAACUAGAUAGAAUACUAGUUUAGAUAUCUUUAGGGUCUAGAAUCUAACCCCAGAAUAGGAAGUAAAAGUACAAAGAUGUGUGAUGAAGGAUUAUUCAUAUUUUCCAGGAUUGGGAGGCUUUACUUGUUAAAACCCUCCAGUGUUAAGGUGUGAAGGGUUAAGCUAUUAAGUACUUCAUUAAUUUCCCCUGCCUCUUUUGCUGUUUUACUGCAACCCCUAAUUUGUGAUUACUCUAGUACUUGUAGAAAGAGGUUUUGUAUUUUUGCUGCAUCAUGAUAAUAACAGUACCAGUUUGACGAGUUGGUUUAUAAGUUUAAGUACAAAUAAAUAAAAUAUCCAUUUUACCUAUA